CUGGCUUCAUCUGGUGAUGGCCAUAAAAACGACCCACCGUUGCCUUUGGAUUUAGAUGUUCCCUACAAUGAUGACUACAGUAUUUACCAUAAUGCGGAUACAAAUUCCGAAUCCACUUCAACCGGCGCUACAUUAGCGAAUACCAAUAAAGAACAACAGCGUAAAACGCAACAAGCAUCUGUGAUAACGUGGCGUAAUGCUGGCCAGCAGCAACAGACCAAGGUGUCAGAUACGUCAGCCAACACUCCACCGCCACCAUUUACACCCUCCUCCUCGGCCUCAUCAUCGUCGACGAAAUAUAAUCGCAACCGCAACAUAAUUGUUACGUAUGACGAUUUCAAUGACAACAAUGGCGGCGGAGGAUUCUUUAACAACAAUUGGACCACAAUUGUUAUGGGUAAUGAUCGGCCCAUACAUAAGACCCAUGUUGAGAUAAUAACGAAAAAUGGUGCCACCAAAAAACCCAAUAUCAUUGUUAAUAAUUAUAAUCCGGAAAUAAUGAUGGCACCUAACCCUCACAAUCCGAAUUUCAAUAGCAUGCUGAUGACCAGUUUGCUAAGUAAUCGUGGUGGAGAUUAUGGUGACUCGCCGAGUAGUGUAAAGUCGUUGUAUGAUCGGAAAAUAACAUGUAUGUUGUAUCUGCAAGCCGAUCAUACAUUUUUCCAGAAAAUGGGUUCCGAUGAAGCGAGUAUAGAGGCGAUAACGCGACAUGUUCAGCGUGCCAAUUCGAUUUAUAAAAAUACGGACUUUAACAAUGACGGCAAACCCGAUAACAUCACAUUCAUGAUAAAACGCAUUAAAGUCCACAACAUGAAUGCCAUCAAGGAUCCAUCAUAUCGAUUUCCUGGAAAUUAUGGCGUUGAGAAAUUUUUGGAAUUGUUUUCAGAGGAGGAUUACGAUGCUUUCUGCUUGGCUUAUAUGUUCACCUAUCGGGAUUUUGAAAUGGGCACACUGGGUUUAGCCUGGACGGGCGAUUUGAAGAAUGCAGGCGGUGUGUGUGAAAAGAAUGGG